CUUUGUGGAAGCUUCCAGAUCCAUUCCGUCUCCUCCGAAUCGCAGAUACGAGCAGAUGUUGGAGCGCGAAACAGGGCUGCGGCCACACAUGGAUGAGCAUGCGCUGGAGGUGGUGAUGACACCCCGGCUUCGAGCGUUGCAGGUUGAAAGCGAGGCACUGCGUCAACGAUUGAUGUCGAAAGAUGUGAGCCACAGAAUCUCCAGCACAGCAUCGUUUAAUGACUGGUGCCUUGCGAAUUCCGAUGUGGUUGUGGGCUUCUCCUGCUUCCUGAUUACAUGCGUCAUAGUGAGCCUGUGUAUCCCGUGUGGCAUGUCUCCGCUGCAGCUCUGUUUGGGCGCUAUGCAGGGCUCGGCUCCCGGCGAAGUGAGCUCAAAGCUUUGA